AUGGGCCGCGCGUCGCGCGACGGCUCCAUGGCGUCGUCCGAGGACCAGGGCAGCCUCUCGGGCGCCGCGAGCGUCGACGCGACCGUCGACAGCGCCAUCACGGGCGCGACGUCCGAGGUCGUGCGCCACUUCAACUUCGAGGACCAGGACCACGAGCGGGCGACGUCCGCCGGGGGCAAGUUCAACUUCGAGGAGACCAUCGGCGCCGCGGACUACCGCUUUACCGGGGACAUGUCGAUGUACAACGACCGGAACAUGCGGACGCGGCGGCGGCUCCGCAAGGAGCCCAAGAUCCGCGCCUGGCUCAUGACCUUCUUCAACACCUUCGCCGUGGACCGCCUCAAGCGCCAGCACAUGUACGACUUCGAGAUGUGCUGCUGCAAGGCCAUCUUCGCGUCGUCGGCGUUUUCCAUGGACGAGGCCGUCGAGGCCGUCGAGGCGGACCUCGAGCACGACUUCCACCACGAGAUGACGGCCGAGGACUUUUCCGAUUCCCUCUUCGAGACCGUGGACAUGUGGACGGCGUCCGUGGACAUCGACGAGUACGUGGAAUUCCUGCGGUGCCUGUACCUGCGGAUCACGUACGAGGACGACCACGGCACGCGCAAGUUCCGCGACGUCGAGGACGUCGUCGCCCUCGACAUGCGCGACAAGCGGAGCGAGGUGCCCCUGGGCGACAUGCCGCCGGACACGGACGACAAGGUCAAGCUCGCGAAGCUCUGCCGGCGCAUGACGAAGCGCCACGACGACUCGGACAGCGACGCGCGCGAGGACAGCGACGACGGCGACGACGCGGAGCACCGCGACUCCUUCCGCGCCGAGCCGGCGCCGCCGCCCCUGCGGCGCCGCAACUCCGUCCAGCGGCCGUCGCGCCGCGCGUCCGUGUCGUCCAUCCACCUCAAGCACCGCCACAGCGACCGCGGCGCGCAUUUGGAGAAGCUCGCGGACGCGAUCAAGUCGCCGGCGGCCGCGCGGCCGCCGCGGUCCGCGACGCGCGGGGACCGCACGCCGAGGAGCCGCGAGCGGAGCCCGGAGCCCCGGCGCACGCAGCCGCCGCCGCGCGAGAACCGGAAGACGGACUACGAACUGUACGGCACGGACGCGUACGACGACGGCCGCGGCACCGUCGACGCGCGCGCCGGCGGCGCCUUCGUCGUGCGCGCCGUCGACGACGACGGCGGCGAUGCGGGCUACGACGGCGAGCCGGAGACGCCGCGCGCGACGAAGGCCGCCGCGCCGCGGCCGCCGCCCAAACCGAAGCGGAAGAAGGAGCCCGCGCGGAAGCUCCAGACCUUCUCCAAGGUCGUGUCGCGCAUCGACACGGGCCAGUCGCCCAAGGUCAACCCGAAGCGCCGGAUCGAGCAGCAGAAGAAAUUGGCGGGCAAGACGCCGGGCGACGGCGUGCUCAGCUCCGGCGACGACGCCGCGCGCGUCCCGGACGAGCCCCCGAAGCGCACGAUCCAGGACCAGCGCGCCGAGGAGGCCGAGCGGAAGAAGGCGCAGCUCCGCGAGCGCAAGGCCGCCGACGAGGCGCGCAGGAAGCGCCUCAAAGCCGAGGGCCCCGCGCCCGGGUCGCGCGCGGCCGUCGCCGCGAUUCGCCAAAGGCACGCGGCGCCCAGGGCGUCGCCCUGGGUCAUCGCCGACGACGACGGUUCGAGCGUCCAGUCCUCCGUGACCGCGUCGACCCAGUCGACCAUGCGGCCCAAGCCCCUGCCGACGGGCCGCGCGUCGGCGCGGGCGAUCAAGAGCCACCACCCGCCGCGGACGGGCUCGCCGAAGAAGGCGCCGCGGCCGUCCUUCGGGUCCGCCAUGCGCGAGAAGAAGCAGGCGCGCUUCGACCCGACGCCGGCGCAGGGGUCCGCGCUCCCGCCGCGGCGGCCCGUGGACCACGUGCCGCCGCGGACGCCGCGGUCGACGCCGGGCACGCCGCGGAGCCGCGGCUCGCGCCGGGGCACGCCGGCGGACGCCGAGGACCGCGCGCGCGGGGGCCUCGGGGACGUCGAGCCCGGCGACGGCGAGCUCAACGCCUACGCGCCGUCGGUGCACGACUACCCCUUGGAGCACGCGGAGCUCGUGCCCCACCCGGCCUACAUCACGCAGCCGGGCCUCGCCGACGCGCUCGAGGAGGCGCUCGGCAGCAUGUACGAGCCCGCGCGCGGCGGCGACGACUACGCCGAGGCGCCGCACCAGCACGCCAUGCCCACGGAUCCGCACGUCGCGUCCGCGACGACGCUCGCGCCGCGGCUGCCGCCCGCGGGGGCGUCGACGGCGUCCCUGGGCAAGGCCCUGAAGCUCGAAAACGAAGAGCGGCGCACGCUCCAGGACUGGAUGGCCGAGAACGCGCCGCCCGAGGAGAUCGAGCGCAUCAUCAAGAAAUUGGCGAACGAGCCGGAGCAGCCGCUGCCGUCCUUCGCCCAGCUCUACGCGCCGCGCAUGCUCCGCGCGUCCGUGCGGCGCCUCACGGGCUCGGGCGACGGCGCGCUGCCGCCCCUCUUCGGCGGCGACCAGCCCGCGCCGCGGCGGAGCCGCCGCGGCGCGCGGAUCCGCGACGCGCUGCCGCGCGCGACGCGCGCGGCCGACGGCGACGCGCCGCGGCCGUUGCCGACGCUGCACACGGCCCUCGACGACCCGGCGUCGCCCUACAACCUGCCGCACAAGCCGGGCACGUCGAACCAGGGCCACCGCGACGAGCUCCGGCCGCCGACGUCGACGGAGACGGACCUCUUCAAGUCCGGGCUCCCGCCGGAGCUCGAGCCCCUGCCGCGCAUCCGGCGGCCCGAGCGGAAGCACCGCUUCCGCCGGCCCAAGUUCCUGCCCGUCGUCGCCAAGGAGCCCAAGCCCAAGACGACGCGGCGGCCGCUCGCCUACACGGGCACGUCCAUCGCGGACCUCAUGCGCAUGCCGAGCCUCGUCGCGCCCCAGUUCGAGUUCUUCAGCCCCCACUUCUAA